CUUUGUUUCAACUUGGCGCCUUGCUUUGAUACAUGAUAAAAAACCGUGCGCUCUGUAGCGGAUCGCGGUUUUCCGAUUUACGGCGUUUUUUAAAAAAACAAUUUUAGAUAUAAGGUUCCGGCUUUCGACCACGAUUCAUAAAUAUUUUAAAACAUCGGCCGACACAGGGAACAGCAUGGAAAUGGAAAAGAGGAUCAACCUGGAACUUCGAAACGGGAAACCCUCCGAGGCGAAGGAGCUGGUUUUAGAUAACUGUCGAUCCGAGGAUGGGAAAAUCCGGGGUCUCACAGAUGAAUUUAUCAAUCUGGAGUUCCUAAGUAUGAGCAGCAUAAGUCUGGUCUCUUUAGAUGAUCUGCCCAAACUGCCCAAGCUCCGCAAGCUGGAGCUGAGUGGCAAUCGUGUCUCUGGGGGCCUCGAGGCCCUUGCAGAGCGAACCCCCGGCCUAACGCACCUCAACUUGAGUGGGAACCGGAUCAAGGACCUGAGAACCCUUGAGCCCCUGAAGAAGCUACCCCUGCUGAAGAGCCUGGACCUGUUCAACUGUGAGGUGACCCUGCUUCUGGACUAUCGAGACAGCGUCUUCGAGCUCCUACCUCAGAUCACCUACCUGGAUGGUUUUGACGCAGAUGACCAGGAGGCCUUGGACUCUGACCCGGACGGACUGGAGGAGGAUCAGGCUGAGGAUGGAGAUAGCUCGAGUGAGGAUGAGGAAGAUGGAGAGUCAGAUGUAGAAGAGGACAAAGAUGAUGAUGAUGAUGAUGACGAUGACGACGAGGAUGGUGACGAAGAUGAUGAUGAGGACGAUGAUGACUGCGAUGAAGAUGAAAAUGAAGAAGGAGAGAGCGAAGAGCUGGAUGAGGAAGAUGAGGAGGAUGCGGAGGAUGCCGAAGAGCUUAGUCGGGGGGAGAAGAGAAAGAGGGGGCACAACUAUGAUGAUGAGAACAAUGAUGAAGAUGACUGAAUAUAGAGACACUGUUUUUCGGGCUACGCAACAGCAAGGACUGCUGAAACCAGUUUUCGUCGAGUGUCUGGGGUGGGAUGUCAGCAGUCAAUAACUGACGUUGCGCGAGAAAAUUCGCAGAGUUCGAAGUGGAGUUCCAUCGAACGAACCUUUUCCUCCUUUCAGGAAACACCUUUUUUGAUGGGUCACACCUGAAAUUUUAUUUACACACACACACCCAAAACCAUUGUCCUAGUGCUGUUUAAAACUAACCAGGAUUGAAAGAAAUGUUUUUCUACUGUCUGCUGGGUUGAGUUUGUGUACAUAGGGCACCAAAGUGAAGCAGAAAGUGUAUAUAAUCAUGUAUAGCUUUUGUAGUUUUUCUAACAAUUUUGCAAUAUGUUUUGCAGUUUGCAUUAAGUGUCUUAGAAUAUUAGGUUUAAAAUUAGCUGUCAGAAGAUUUUUUUAAUUUAUUGUUUGAACACCCUAAGUUCUGUUUCAACAGAAUGCAGGUAACAGUUGGAAUAACUAAUUCUACACCUGUAGAUUUGUAAUGGAUCAUGUCUCCCAUGUGUCAUAAACCAUCUAAACUUUUGUUGUUUUGUAUGUGCUUUGUUGUACUCGAGUUCU